AUGGGUCACCCCGCAGGUCUCCGCGCUGGUACGAGAUAUGCUUUCUCUCGGAAUUUCCGGGAGAAGGGUAUGAUCCGUCUGUCUACCUACCUCAAGCAGUACAAGGUUGGCGACAUUGUCGAUAUCAAGGUGAACGGUGCCGUUCAGAAGGGUAUGGCCCACAAGGUCUACCACGGAAAGACCGGCGUUAUCUACAACGUCACCAAGUCCGCAGUCGGAAUCAUCAUCUACAAGAAGGUGAAGCAUAGAUACCUCGAGAAGCGCAUCAACGUCCGUAUCGAGCACAUCUCGCCCUCGCGGUCCCGGGACGACUUCCUUCGCCGCGUCAAGCAGAACGCCGAGUUGAAGAAGCAGGCAAAGGCCGGCGCCACGGUGCAACUCAAGAGACAACCCGCCAUGCCCCGGGACGCACGGACAAUCUCGUUCAAGGAGAACAAGCCCGAGACGGUGGCACCGAUUGCCUACGAGACCACAAUUUAA